AUGGCUUGCAACCCUUGUUGUUGUUUAAGCUUAAAAGAUGCUGUGGUUACAAUUGGAAUUUGGUCAACGAUUUAUGCCCUAGCCCAAUUAGCAAUUUUUGGAUGGCAAUUUAGUGUGUUAACUCAAUGUCAGCAUGUUGUUAUGGCACAAUCUAAUCUUCAAUGUGAAUAUUAUUGUCCAUGUGUGGGGGCUUCUACGGCUAGAACUUCUGCCAUUAUUGAGGGUUAUUGA